AUGACUUCCAAAUGGGAGGAAUUAGCUGCCGACAAACGAACUCGCAUCAAUGAAUCGAUUCCCGAGGAAUGGAGGAUCAAAGAGCUGCCCGCUGGGGAUUGUUUCUUUGAUUUCCCAGCAAAGUCAGGCUUACUCUCUGAUCAAGAAAUCAGUAUCACGGAAUCAAGUGCUACCGAUCUAGUCCAGCAGCUUGCGCACGGAGACCUGAAGGCAGUGGACGUGACAAUAGCCUUUUGCAAGAGAGCGGCACUUGCCCAUCAAUUGGUGAACUGCUGCCUGGAAUUCUUCCCUGAAAUGGCAAUCGCUCAAGCCAAAGAGCUUGAUGCCUACUUUGAGGAACACAAGAAACCCGUGGGUCCACUUCAUGGCCUGCCCAUCUCACUCAAGGAUCAACUACGUGUGAAGGGUCUUGAAACAUCCAUGGGCUAUGUCUCCUGGCUUGGCAAAUAUGACACCACUGAGUCGGUCCUCGUGACUCUACUACGAAAGGCGGGCGCCGUUUUCUACACCAAAACCAGUGUACCACAGACAUUGAUGGUCUGUGAGACUGUAAACAAUAUCAUCGGAAGAACGCUCAACCCUCGCAACAAAAAUUGGUCGUGCGGUGGGAGUUCCGGAGGUGAAGGUGCCAUGGUUGGUAUUCGUGGUGGUGUUAUUGGAGUAGGAACGGACAUUGGUGGCUCGAUUCGCGUCCCGUCUGCCUUUAACUUCUUAUACGGUAUCAGGCCGAGUCAUGGCCGUAUGCCGUAUGCAAAAAUGGCAAAUAGUAUGGAAGGCCAGGAGACUGUACAUAGUGUGGUUGGACCAAUGGCCCAUUCAGCAGCAGAUCUCAGGUUGUUCCUUACUUCCGUGUUGGAACAGGAACCUUGGAAGUACGACUCGAAGGUUGUCCCUCUGCCUUGGAGGUCUACGGAAGAAGAGGCGAUCAAAUCGAAGAUUCAAGAUGGACUGAAUCUAGGUUACUAUUCCUGCGAUGGUGUUGUUUUUCCUCAUCCUCCAAUUCUGAGAGGUAUUGAGACGGUGGUCUCAACUCUGAAGUCAAACGGACACACAGUUGUGCCCUGGACGCCAUACAAGCACAGCUUUGGACACGAUCUUGUCAAUGACAUAUAUGCCGCAGAUGGAAACACCGAUGUUUUCAAGGACAUCAAUGCUUCUGGGGAGCCAUCGAUCCCAAAUAUCAGAGACCUCUUGAACCCAGACAAAGAGCCAAUCGACAUGAAUCAACUGUGGGACACCCACCUAAAGAAAUGGAACUAUCAAAGCGAGUAUCUCGAGAAAUGGCGUGAACUCGAGGAGCGACAAGGCAAGGAAUUGGACGCAAUCAUUGCCCCAAUUACAGCAACGGCAGCCAUCCGCCAUAACCAAUUCCGGUAUUAUGGAUAUGCAUCGGUUAUUAACCUGCUUGACUUCACCAGCGUGGUUGUUCCAGUCACAUUCGCCGACAAGAAGUUGGACGCAAAGAAUGAUGGCUACCAGCCGUUGAGUGAAUUGGAUGCCACUGUGCAAGCAGAGUAUGACCCGGAGGCAUAUCACGGAGCCCCGGUGGCAGUUCAGGUCGUCGGUCGCCGACUGAGUGAAGAGCGUACUUUGGCCAUUGCAGAGGAAAUUGGGAGGCUUCUUGGCAACUCAGUGACACCGUAGUUUGGAGUCUCUGGAAUGCUGGCUUGUAGCGGGCAUACGCUGUCUUGCCGAAGUAUGGCUCUGAAUAUUCGAUCUUCAGAUGCAGUCUUUUUAUCAUAGGUAUUUAAGUUCUCCUACCUUUCGGAAUAUUGGACAGAUAUCUAUGUUUUCAAAUUCCAUCAAGUCCAAUAAUUUUACUGGGAAGCACCUGAC